GCUCAUUGCUUUGGCGCCGUCUGGGGAGCACGAGCCCGCGGGUGGCGCGCAGCGCAUGGUGGCGGCUCCUCUCGGAGCGCAGCCGACCCGCUGACCCGGACUCCGUUUCCCCUGACCAGCACGUCCCGGAGGCCGGCUGGAGGCCGAAACAGCAGCAGCAUUAGCAGCAGCAGCGGUCGCGGCUGCUCCGCCGCAGCCGUCUCCGCGGGAGCAUGGAGUGCGCCCUGGACGCCCAGAGCCUGAUCAGCAUCUCCCUGCGCAAGAUCCACAGCUCCCGGACCCAGCGCGGCGGCAUCAAGCUGCACAAGAACCUCCUGGUGUCCUACGUGCUCCGCAACGCGCGCCAGCUCUACCUGAGCGAGCGCUACGCCGAGCUCUACCGGCGCCAGCAGCAGCAGCAACAGCAGCAGCCGCCCCACCACCAGCACCAGCACCUCGCGUACGCGGCGCCGGGCAUGCCGGCCAGCGCGGCCGACUUCGGCCCGCUCCAACUUGGCGGCGGCGGGGACGCGGAGGCGCGCGAACCUGUCGCCCGGCACCAGCUGCACCAGCUCCACCAGCUCCACCAGCUGCACCUCCAGCAGCAGCUGCACCAGCACCAGCACCCUGCGCCCAGGGGCUGCGCGGCGGCGGCGGCGGCCGGGGCGCCCGCGGGCGGCGCGGGGGCGCUCUCGGAGCUGCCCGGGUGCGCCGCGCUCCAGCCGCCGCACGGCGCGCCCCACCGCGGGCAGCCCUUGGAGCCGCUGCAGCCGGGUCCUGCGCCGCUGCCGCCGCCCGCGCCCGCCGCGCUCUGCCCGCGGGACCCUCGCGCCUCGGCCGCCUGUUCCGCGCCCUCCGCGCCCCCAGGGGCCGCCCCUCAGGCGGCUACCGCCGCCUCCCCGCCCGCCUCCCCGGCCCCCGCCUCCUCCCCCGGCUUCUACCGGGGCGCGUACCCGGCCCCCUCGGACUUCGGCGUGCACUGCAGCAGCCAGACCACCGUGCUGGACCUGGACACUCACGUGGUGACCACGGUGGAGAACGGCUACUUGCACCAGGACUGCUGCGCCUCCGCCCACUGCCCCUGCUGUGGCCAGGGCGCCCCGGGACCCGGCCUGGCGUCCGCCGCCGGCUGCAAGCGCAAGUAUUACCCAGGCCAGGAGGAGGAGGACAACGACGACGAGGACGCGGGCGACCUGGGGGCCGAGCCCCCCGGGGGCGUCCCGUUCGCCCCCUGCAAGCGCGCCCGCUUCGAGGACUUCUGCCCGGACUCGUCCCCGGACGCGUCCAACAUCUCAAACUUGAUCUCCAUCUUUGGCUCGGGCUUCUCCGGGCUAGUGAGCCGACAGCCGGACUCCUCUGAGCAGCCGCCGCCGCUCAACGGGCAGCUGUGCGCCAAGCAGGCGCUCGCCAGCCUCGGCGCCUGGACUCGAGCCAUUGUCGCCUUCUAGGGACCCCUGAGGGCACGGGGACCCGGGGCCCCGCGGGGCUGGGGCCAGACAAAGACUCGGCCAAGGGGCGAGAGGAGGGAACGAACGGGCACCCGGCCACUCGGGGCUGAGCUGGGGGCGAGCAGAGGGAGAUGGCUGAUGUUUUAUAAAUUGUAAAAUAAAAGAAAAAGAAAUCUAA